CCGGUUGGAGUAAAGCUAAAGUUUUAAUUUUGUAUGCCGCUUAGGACAUAGAAAAGUCAUUAACGUUGGAACCAGUUUGUUUGUAAACUUCAUCGCAGUGCAGAAUGUAAUUUUUAAUAAGAGAUAAGUGAUUUCAAAAGGAGCUAAAAAUAAUAGAGCAAUCACGAACGUCAGUUUCAAUUUCAUUCAAUUUCUUCUUUACAUUUAAACCAGUUGUGUUGAAGCCAGAAAAAGUGAAAUAAAUAAAAUAGAGCAGUUUCAAACUACGUACGGAAUACAGCAGCAAGAAUCCGCUAGAGUCAACGCGCGUACGCAUCGUAGCAACCAGCUGGUUUCAGCCGUACGCCAUACGGUGUUGUUGUCAUUGCAAUGCAUCGAUCAUUGAAGCCGCACGCACAAGCUAAAAAGGUACCACCACCUGCGCUACCCGGAGAUCCCGCACCACAACAGCAGCAAAUACCAUUAUACCGUUUAGGUGGCAGUAUUUCGAGUGCAGCUGGCAAACAGCUGGAUGAUGGCAUCAUAAUGAGUAGCAUGGUAUCGUCGCCAUCCUUGGAGGAGGGCGGUUUCAAUUUGCCACGUGAGCCAUCGGUAGCAUUGCGCAUGAAAGAUGAAAUAAGCGAAUACGCUACAGUCAUGUCCACAUCAGGCACAUCACAAUCGUCGGGCUCCUCUGCCGGCACUGCUGCAGCUGGCAAACAACAAGCAGCUAAUCAAGUAGCCACUGGUGGCGCAACACUUUUAUCCACCGCAACUAAUCCGCUGCUCAGCGGUUGUCCACCCACAAUAGUGCCAUGUCCACCGCCCGUGUUUUGCGCUACACUACGCGAACCGCUCACACACAAAGCGGCCGUUUACUAUCAUCAACAAUUGGCGCUGCAAGAGGAUCAGGGUAUUGAUUUGACACAAUCGCCAGGUCGCGAUUCGCCCGGUUCGUCGUCGGGUUCAGCUGGUUCUGGUUCGCGACACUCUACAGCUAGCUUGGAUUCGGGUCGUGCUUCAUCGUAUUUGACUGGUGUGUCGGGUGCAUCGAUACGUGGUAGUGCGGGCGGUGCACUCUCCUCGCCACGUUGCAGUUCGGUGAGUUCAUGUUCGAUUGGUAGUGUCGAUCGGCAACGCAACGAUGAACUCAUAAUCGAUUGGCUAAUGGAGAUGAAGUGUGAGGAGUAUGCACAAUUGUUUAUAGCGGCCGGUUACGAUUUGCCGACCAUUGCACGAAUGACCCCCGAAGAUUUGACAGCGGUCGGCAUAAAAAAUCCACACCAUCGUGAGCGCAUAAAACAACGUAUCGAUAAGUUGCAAGUAUUGGAUAACUUGCCACAUUUCGUGCCGGGCUCUAUCGAAGAAUGGCUACAACUGUUACGUCUCGAGGAAUACAUUCAACCAUUACUUGAUCAAAACUAUAAAACUGUACGCGACGUCACGCAAGUCACUUGGGAAGACUUGGAGGAUAUUGGUAUUGUUAAAUUGGGACAUCAAAAGAAGAUUCUCUUAGCCAUAAAGCGUGUAAAGGAUAUCAUAAGCGGAAAAUGGAAUCCAGGCGGCAUUAAUGCUUACCAACAGCAGGAUUAUCGCAACAAGAUUUGGCCCAGUGGCGUGCCAAUGCCCACCACACCGACCUAUUUGCCAACCACGCGCGUCUCGUGGGACGAUUCCAAGAUUUAUGCUACGCCCGGCGUCGAUGCCGUCUAUUUUUGCAGCGGCGCUCAUCACGAGUGCUGCAAUGGCAACGAUGUAGUGCCCAUUAAGCCACGCGGCAAAAGCUUAGAAUCACUCGAGGAUAUACACGACAACAGCACACGCAGCCACUUGACCUUUAGCCAUUACACGGCCACUGAUUAUGGCCACUUUGCGCAUCCAACGCCUGCUAUGCAACAACAACAUCAUCAACAAGCCUUGCAACACCAGCAGCAACAGCAUCAACAAGCCAUGCAACAGCAUCAUCAAGCAGCCAUGAUGGGCGGCGCUGUUGUGGGCGGACCUGGUGGUGCUGGCGGUGCACGUUUGCUUAGCAAUCAGGCAGCUAUGUCUUGGCGGCGUUCCUACGAUGAUGGUGACAUUACGCCCACCAACGACGCGGCACGCGAACUCAUGUACGAGGAAGGCGGCGGUACACUGCCACGUCAGCAGCGGGGUAUUUUGCAGCGCGCAGUAUUAAACAGCAUGCCACCACUCGAGCAUCACUAUAUGAACGCAGCUGCCGCAGCGGAAUACGUUUGCCAUGCAGGUGGAUUGGGUGGCGUUGGCGUACCAGGUGCGGCUGCGCAUGUGGGCGCAACAGGCCCAGCCGGUUGUGUGCUGGACAGCGCCGGUCUGAAUGCCUCCUACUUGACCGGCAGUCCAAUGAGUAAUAAGAAAAUCGCACCGGAACCACCGCGACGUCAUUGUAGUAUACGAAAUUCACGUACUCUGAGUGCGGAUGGCGCGCAACAACAGCAACAACAACAACAGCUGGGAUUGCAUGUCGGCGCAGCAGUUACGCCUGGCCUCUACUAUGGCGGCGCCGGCGCCUUACAUCAUGGUGGCAUGUAUAUGACGCAUGCGCAGCAACAAGCAGCAGCAGCGGCGGCAGCUGCUAAUCAGCCGAUCUAUGCGAAUUACGCAACCAUACAACAGACCACGGCGGAAAUACACUGCGAGAAAUUCCAUGACAAUAAGUCAAAUUCCAGCAUCGAUUCCAUUGACACCAUACCGUUCGCCAACGAGAACACUGGCACCAUCAAACAGCGCCUACUUAAUCGCCAAGACAUUGGUGGGCCACAGCAGCCGCUACAAUCGGGCAACACUCCACAUCUGCACUCCUCCUCGUCGUCGUCCUCGUCUUCGUCGACCAACACCAUCGCCAAUAUAGCGCACUCUUUCCACUCGCUGAAGACAUCUGCCUCGUUGCAUGACGCUUCGCUGAUACGCAGCGACAGCAUCGGCAGCACCACAAGUGGCGGCAGCGCUGGCGCCAGUACAGGCGGUGGUGGCAGCAAUAGCUUAUUGCUACUACGUUCUCCCACCCUACAAUAUCCACCGACCGAUGUAACGAAUGCCAGCAGCGGCGGCGGCUCAUCAACGACUAUCACCACUACCGUGGACUUGCAUACACCCAGCGGCGCUGAGGCUAAUGCGGAUGCAGCUGGCGAUUGUGCGCCCUUAAUCGGCAGCGAGAGUGCCGAUAUAUCAAGUGGCAACGCUGGCUCCAGCUCAGCCACAAUUCAAACACCGGGUCAAAAGGUGUCUGUCAAUGUGCUCAAUGACAUUGGUAAUAUGUUGGCCAAUUUGACGGACGAACUCGAUGCCAUGCUGGAGGAGGAGAAGCGCAUUGGCCUAAAUAUUGAUAGUGAAUAAGCACAUAUUGGGGAGCAUACUGCUCAAGGGCGUACAUAGAGGUACAUAGUUAAUACAUAUAUGCGCAUGUGUAUGUUUUGCAAGUUGGGAAUUUAUACAUUGAUGGAUCUUACAUAAAAUGUUAGUGAAAUAUGCGCGUGCGCACGCUUAAGCUUCACGGCAAAAGACAUUUCAUUCAUAAAUUUCGCUUCUGUUCCUUUCGGCCUCUAGCGCUUUAUGUAAAGAAAUUUAUUAGAAAUUAUGAAAGUUCAACUGUAUAUACAUACAUAUUUUGAGUUUUAAAAUCAAUCACUGGAAUAAUUCAAUAGUAUCGGAUAACGUUGGAUAAUUUUAUUAAAUGUUCUAACAAAUAGUAAAUGAUUGAAUAUACUUUUUUGUGUAGUUUAGUUGCGCGGAUAAUAAAAUACACUACGGAUAUCGCCGGAUAACUAUUUUUAACACUGAGAACUAAUUAAAAUUUAGUGUUAUGCAUAUAAAUUCAGCCGGAUAAACGUUUUCCGGCCUUGUGUCUAUAUUUUAAAGUUUAAAGCGUGCCUAAUAUUUUUAAAAUAUAUCAAGUGGUUUAAUUUGUUUAUUACAUCGUGGACUUAAUUUUAAAAUUUAAAUCAGUGUCGGAUAAGGUCGAAACAUUUUGGUAUGCAUGCAAAAAAAAUCGAAUAUAUAUAAUUUAUUUACUCGGAUAAUGAAAAAAGCUACGGAUAACGCCGGAUAACUAAUUUAGUCAUUGAGAAACACUUAAAAUUACAUUUAUGUAUAUAAGUUCAGAUGAAUAAGCGUUCUUCGGCCUUUUAUGCAUAUUUUUAAGUUUAAAUCGUGUCUAAUAUUUUUAAAAUAUAUUGUAAACUACUUUCCCACCAUUGUUUAUUACAUAAUUGACUUUUUUUCUGAAUUUUAAAAGAAUCAUUGAAAAAAUAUAAUUUACAUAAAAUGGUUGAAUAUAUUUAUUAUAGUAAUUUAGUUGCGCGAAUAACAAAACAAGCCACGAAUAACUUCUUUAACGACCUAGAAAUAAUUAAAAUUUAUUUUUAUGCAUGUAAAUUCAGCCGAAUAAGCGUUUUUCGGCCUUGUAGGCAUAUUUUGAAAUUUAAAGCGCGCCUAAUGUUUUUUAAAAUAUAUCAAGUGGUUAAAUUGACUAUAUUAUAAAUUUUGAAAAACAGUCAUUGAAAUCAAACGUCGGAUAAUUUUGUUAUGCGUGAAAAAUAUUUAUAUAGUAAUUUGUUGAAUGUACUUUUUGAGUUGCGCGGAUAAU